AUGUAUCGCCUUCUAACCCGGUUACAUCAUUAUUGGAGUAAAUCUGAAAUUUUAAAAGCUGGUGUUUACAUUACGAUCGGUUCAACGAUAACAGCACAUUAUCUCAUUCAAGAAAAAAAGUUUACAAAUCAUUCUUUGUUUCCAAAGUCUGUAAAUGCAGCUGAAAUACUUUAUCCUCCUGUUGUGGACAUUCCAAACACUGUAAUAAAUAAUGAAGCAGUUCAUACACUGGGUGUACCAGUACCAAGUCAUUUACGUAUUUUUGAAGGUUAUAUCUGUGCAUAUGAUCGUCGUAAUCGAAUACCCUACUGGGUAGUUGAGCAUAUGAAUCCUGCUAAAUUGAAUCAAGAGGAGAUUAACAGGGCUGGAGUAGAUCGUUAUGAAUUCGAUUUUUAUGAAGAUUUGGGUGAGGCUAAAAUGUUUCGUUCUACAAAUGAUGAUUAUUCACACUCUGGAUAUGAUCGUGGUCAUUUAGCCGCUGCAGGAAAUCAUCGUCUUAGUCAUACAGCUAUGAGUCAAACCUUUAUAUUGAGUAAUAUUGCACCUCAGGUCGGUCGUGGUUUCAAUCGACAUGGUUGGAAUAGUUUAGAAAAGUAUAUACGUGCAAUAGCCAGGAAAUCACACAAUACAGUUGUAAUUACUGGACCAUUAUUUCUUCCACAAAAAAUAAACGGGAAAAAGAUUGUAACUUAUGAAGUAAUCGGUGAGAAUAAUGUUGCAGUACCUACACAUUUUUUCAAAGUAGCCGCUAUUCAAGAAAAACCAAAUGGUGAAUGGCGUAAAGUUGCUUGGGUGAUGCCUAACAUCACUUUACCAGAAAAAAUCCGUGUAGAUGGUUUCAGAGUCCCUGUGGAAAGUGUAGAAAGUGCUUCAGGUUGGAAAUUUUUUCCUAAAUUAAUGAACUAA